CUGCUGAUCCAGGCCAUGCACGACCUGCCCCCUGACUCGGGCAGGCGGCAGGGCGACCGGGGCAGGGCGGAUCGCGGCUGCCCUGCGGGAGCCCGGGCUCCGGGCCAGCCGCCUUCCCCCUGCGGCGCGGCGGCCCGCCGAGCCUGCCCCCGAGACUGCGAGCGGGGAGGCGGCGACUGCCCUUGGCAGCAGGUGUCCCCGCCCCGGUCGCCUCCGAGGGAGUCGGGGGGAGGCCGCCCGCGGACUCCUCGGAUGCGGCUGCCCUGCAGCAGAAGCCUCGACAGCCUCCGUGUGGGUGCAAAGCCGCCUCCCUUACAGCGGUGGCGGAGCGACAGCUGGAUCAGGUGCGGCGCGCGCGGGGAACCGGACGAGCCCCCGCCACGUGGAGGCGGGAUGGACGGCUGGAGCGGAGGCAGCUCCCGGGCCGCGGCGCCCUCCGGCCUCCGGCCUCCCAGCUCCGAGGACCCCCGCCGCUCCUCGGGAAGCCGCAGCAAAGAAGACAGCCAGGAGGGGCUCCCCUUCCUCAAACCGCCCGCGGUGACAGUCAAGAAGCUGCAGAAGUGGAUGUACAAAGGACGCCUGCUGUCUCUGGGAAUGAAGGGUCGCGCUCGUAGGACACCCCCCGAAGUCACCCGAGCGCAGGCAACGUCUCCAAAUCUGGGCGCUUUGAAAAUGCGGGAAAGCCAAGUCGUCUCGGUGCCGCCAGACCAAAGGAUUACGCUGACAGACUUAUUUGAAAAUGUCUAUGAGUCUUCAAUGAAGAGAAGAGAACUUGAAGAUCUGAAGGAUAAUAUUGGCUUCAGGGGUCAUAAGCCACUUAAUAGCAUCACUGUGUCAAAGAAACGCAAUUGGCUAUAUCAGAGUACUCUGAGAUCUUUUAAUUUGGAAGACGAAAAUAAGAAAUGCCAAGAUAUAAGUCAUUUAUCCAUCUCACCCGUUUCUCUACCUAAACUGCAGCUGUCACGACCUUUCCUCAAAUCAUCUGAAGAAUAUUGUACGUAUAUGGUGUGUACUGCUACAAAUUCUUCAUUAUCAAGAGACUGUUCGUUAGACUUUAAUGAGGAAAAUGAUGCAGAUGAUGAAGGAGAAAUAUGGUACAACCCCAUUCCUGAGGAUGAUGACUUUGGUAUUUCAAAUGCCUUGAGUUUUGGGGAGGCAGACUCUGCUGUUCUGAAGUUUCCUGAUGUCGGUUUGAGAGUAUUAUCUGGUAGUGACCUAAUGAAAGAAGAGCAGCACACUGAAGACUUGCUGUGCUCUUCUGAACACACAGGCGAUGUUCAGACCACACAGUCAAAUGAAAUAAAUCCUAUAGAUUCCAUCUAUUCCACAGAGUUUGUGGAGCAGUACGAGCAAAGGCAUGGACACAAGACACAAGAAGGUAUAAUAGUAGAGGAGAGUCCCACGUUGAAAUCUCCUUUUGCAGGUCCUGGGAUAGUAGCUGCUACAAAUAAGCCUGAUUUGGGAAUUGCAGGACCAUCUUCUCCAAGCCCUAGCCCUGUGAAAAAAGGCAGUUCAAUUCAUUGGUCUUUCCCAGAUAAAAUAAAAUCUCCACGAACUGUGAGGAAACUUUCCAUGAGAAUGAAAAGGUUGCCAGAAUUUAGCCGGAAACUAAGUGUUAAAGGAAACUUGAAUUAUGGAAACAGUCCGGAUAAUACUCCUUCCUUGUCUAAAUGUAACUGGCAAGAAAUUCAUCAUGCUGUUAUUCUACCUUCUGGGAACACAACCACAGCUGCUAAGAGGAAUGUUAUAAGCCGGUACCAUCUUGAUACUAGUGUGUCUUCUCAGCACAGCUACCAGAAGAAAACCUCUGUGAGUUCUAAGUAUUCCUGCAAAAGUGGUUACCUCAGUGAUGGAGAUUCUCCUGAACUUAUAGCUAAAUCUAGCAAACAUGGAUGUGAAAACAAAUUUGCAAAAGGAAAAGAAAUAAUUCCAAAUAGUUGUAGCAAGAAUGAAAUAGACAUUGAUGCUUUUAGACAUUAUAGCUUUUCUGAUCAACCUAAAUGUUCUCAGUACAUAUCUGGGCUCAUGAGUGUGCAUUUCUAUGGUGCUGAGGAUUUAAAACCACCUCGGAUAGAUUCAAAAGAUGUCUUUUGUGCAAUUCAGGUAGAUUCAGUAAACAAAGCCAGAACAGCUUUGCUCACAUGUCGGACAACGUUUUUAGACAUGGAUCACACUUUCAACAUAGAAAUUGAAAAUGCACAGCAUUUGAAAUUAGUAGUAUUCAGUUGGGAACCCACUCCAAGAAAAAAUCGAGUGUGUUGUCAUGGAACUGUUGUUCUUCCCACCUUAUUCAGAGUGACAAAGACACAUCAGUUGGCUGUCAAACUUGAACCUAGAGGUCUUAUUUAUGUGAAAGUGACUCUUUUGGAACAGUGGGAGAAUUCACUUCAUGGACUAGAUAUAAAUCGAGAACCAGUAAUAUUUGGUGUUGAUAUUCGAAAAGUUGUAGAGAAAGAAAAUAUAGGCUUGAUGGUACCACUCCUGAUUCAGAAAUGUAUUAUGGAAAUUGAAAAGAGAGGCUGUCAGGUAGUAGGCCUGUACCGAUUAUGUGGCUCGGCAGCAGUCAAGAAAGAACUUCGAGAGGCUUUUGAGAGGGAUAGCAAAGCUGUUGGUCUGUGUGAAAGCCAAUACCCAGAUAUAAAUGUAAUAACAGGUGUUCUCAAGGAUUAUUUAAGAGAACUUCCUUCUCCUCUGAUAACAAAGCAGCUUUAUGAGGCUGUAUUAGAUGCAAUGGCAAAACAUCCUUUGAAAAUGUCAUCAAAUGGUUGUGAGAAUGAUCCAAGUGAUUCUAAGUACACUGUUGACCUGCUGGAUUGUCUGCCUGACGUCGAGAAGGCAACCCUAAUGAUGUUGUUGGAUCAUUUGAAAUUGGUGGCUUCUUAUCGUGACGUGAAUAAGAUGACUUGCCAGAAUUUGGCUGUGUGCUUUGGACCCGUAUUAUUAAGUCAGAGGCAAGAGACUUCCAGCCAUAGCAACAGAGUCUUUACUGAUUCAGAAGAACUUGCAAGUGCUUUGGAUUUUAAAAAACAUAUUGAAGUUCUUCAUUACUUACUUCAACUCUGGCCAGUGCAACGUUUAACUAUCAAAGAAUCAGCAAACAAUUUGUUCCCAGAGCAGAAGUCUUCUCUAAAUUAUUUGAGGCGGAAGAAAGAACGACCUUACCUGUUAAAUUUGAGUGGUACUGAUUCAUCAAGAGUACUUAGGCCAAGGCAAACCAAAUUAGACAGUCCACUAAGUAAUCGUUAUGCAGGAGACUGGAGCAGCUGUGGGGAUAACUACUUUUUAAAUAUGAAAGAAAAUUUAAAUGAUGUGGAUUAUGACGAUGUGCCUUCAGAAGACAGAGAAAAUGGAGAAAACUGUAGCAAAAUAUAUGAACCAGAUAUCAUGAUUGAACAGCCAACUCCCACAACCAAAGAGUGCACAUUUCAGACAUAUUUGACAAUGCAGGCUAUUGAGUCUAGGGACCGAAAAGUCAAUCUCAAAGACCUACAAGAAAGUAUCGAUACUUUGAUUGGAAAUCUGGAGCGUGAACUCAACAAAAACAAGCUUAAUAUGAGUGUUUGAGGUUGAGAGUUUUUUUUUUAAUAAUGUCUUAAGUUUCACAUCAAUCUUUGUCACUUUCUUGUAUCCCUCACAGUGAUGUUUUAAAUUUUUUACUCUUGAAAGCUUCAGUUACUUUCUAACAGGUUCAUGUGAUUCAAUUAAAAACACCAUUCAUUAACAUAAUUUUUACUUAUUUCAUUAGAAAAUUUUUCUUGAGGUAAAAAGAUAACCUGGACUUCUUGUGGAUAUUUGUUUAAAUCUUGCCAAUUCUAUGGAUACAACUUUAAAAUGCACUUCUAAGAUUCACGUAAGUUACUAGCCCCUCAAGAUUUUUGUACUUUAUAGGAACUGCUUUUCUGAAACAGAUGUUCCUUCUAGAAGAAUGCUGUGGCUGCUUAGUCUGAUUUGCAGUAUGAGUCCAUGCACACUGCAAUAUCAUUCAAUCACAUUUCAUUUGCAAUGCAAAUGCUGCUAUAAGAAAACCUUUUUAUAAAUAAAAGUAAAAUUAUACAAAUAUUAAUGUAUUCUGUAUUAACAUUCAGUAAUUAUUUAAAUAUAAAAUUAAAUAUUUUUAUAAUCCCAAAAAUAUGUAUAUAUUUAUAAGUGCAUAUAUAUAUAGGUAUUAGAAUGAGGGGAGGGAUUGGCUGCAGAAUCACAUGUAUCUUUAAAAUAUAUGUCAUGAGGCCAAAAUCAUUAGCUUAAAAAUGUCCUUUUCAGGGAAAUAACAUUUAAGUUAAAGGAGGAGUUGCAUAGAAACACUUGAACCAAAACACUAGAAACAUCUAAAUAUAGAAAAAAUAGACUUUCCUUUUUUGAUUCACAGAAAGUCACAAUAUCCCCAGUGAGAAGUCAUCCUUUAAAUUGAAAUCUUCUAAUUUUUUAAGGGAUUAAGUUUCGAGAUUUCUGCACUGGUGACUUAAAUUUAAAAUUCUUCACCUAAUCUAUGUGUUUUUAUCUUCUGCUUUUUAAAACAAAGUAAUUAUACUUAGAACAUAUUUAUUUGUAAUACAUAUAUAACUUUGACUUUAUA